GGGCCGUGGCUCAUAGCAUUGCUCUGCCAGUAAGUAGGGUAGUAGGCUGUCAUGCCGGAGCCCAACCCAUACUGGAUAGGGGAAAAGGUGAUCCAUAAAAUAUGUGGCUACGUGACACCAAUCAUCUUCCUUCAGAGAAUAACCCAGCUGCCUUAUCAACACACGCCGCGGCGCUUGCUGCUCGCCAUAUCAAAAGGACUGAGCUCCCCCAUAACUAUAAUAGGCAAAAUCUGAACUCAAAUUUUGAGAUCUCAAAAGAGAAGCUAGCUAGCCAUGGCCUCCUCUACCCUAUCCCCUGCAACCCCAUCUCAGCUGUUCUCUAGCAGGAGUGGAAUUUUCUCUCCUUCACAAGCUCUGGUAAAACCCGCGAGGACCCGUUUGGGUGGAAAGGAAAGGGGGAUGGGAAUCAAGUGCCAGGCCGCGGGUAUUCCGGCGGACCGAGUUCCAGACAUGGGUAAGAGGCAGCUCAUGAAUCUGCUUCUGCUGGGUUCCAUUUCGCUUCCCACUGCAUUCAUGGUUGUUCCUUAUGCGGCAUUCUUUGUUCCGCCUGGGUCAGGAUCUGGUAGUGAUGGCAUUGUCGCAAAGGAUGCCGUAGGAAAUGAUAUCAUCGCAGCGCAGUGGCUUAAAAUCCACGGACCUGGGGACCGAACCCUCUCACAAGGAUUGAGGGGAGAUCCCACCUAUCUUGUUGUGGAGAAUGACAGAACUCUUGCAACAUAUGGAAUCAAUGCUGUCUGCACACACCUUGGGUGUGUUGUGCCAUGGAAUACUGCUGAGAACAGGUUCAUCUGCCCCUGCCAUGGAUCCCAGUACAACAACCAAGGAAGAGUUGUCCGAGGACCAGCCCCUCUGUCAUUGGCAUUGGCACACUGUGAUGUUGAUGUCGACACAGGGAAGGUGGUGUUUGUCCCUUGGCUUGAGACAGAUUUCAGAACUGGUGAAGCUCCAUGGUGGGCUUAAAGCUCUCUACUCAUCACAAAGUUUCUAGUUCAAGUACACUGCAUGCAUAACAAACCACCUUGUAUCAUAGACUUAUCUUCGCUGAAAUGAAAGCUUGUCAAGCAAUUAAGGAACUGAUAUGAACUUGGCAUUGAUCGACUUUUUGUAAUCAUGCCAUACAAUCUAUUUCAGUUUUUUCUUCUUUUUUUUUCGGAAAAUAGUUUGGAAAUCCUUUCCAAAACAUUUGUGUGAUAAAUGAGCAAUAUCCCUUCAAUAA